UCUCGCCAAUAUGGCGUCCCCCAUUUAGGAGGCGGCCGUGGUUUCCACCCAGAUGGUCGGGGGCAGUGCUGAGCUCCGGCCGUUGUUUGCGUAACCCGAAGCUCUGAAAGCUGCAGUUAAAGUGCGUUUCUGGUCACGGUUUCAGGAACUUCCCCUUCUCUGAGGGUCGGGAGUUGCCGCUUUCUUCUAGGUCCUGCAAGUUCCUCCUCUGCCCCUGGUUUUUUCCCCGCGCCACCUCCGGACAUCCCCAAGUCCCUGACACUCCCAGACUCAAACUAUGAGCCUUCGGCAGCUGCUGUUGCGCUUGCCCCGUUAUCUCGGGGUGUCGGGUUCCCCGCGUCGCUUGUGGUGGUCCUCGUCCCUCGAUACCAUCUCCUCGGUGGGCUCCUGGCGUGGUCAGUCCUCCAGGUCCCCGGCCCACUGGAACCAAGUGGUGUCAGAGGCGGAGAAGAUCGUGGGCUAUCCCACGUCCUUCAUGAGCCUCCGCUGCCUGCUGAGCGACGAGCUCAGCAACAUCGCUAUGCAGGUGCGGAAGCUGGUGGGGACUCAGCACCCUCUGCUUACCACGGCCAGGGGGCUUGUACAUGAUAGCCGGCAUAACCUCCAGUUGAGGGGCUUGGUGGUGCUACUUAUUUCUAAAGCAGCUGGGCCCAGCAGCAUGAAUACUUCAUGUCAGAACUAUGACAUGGUCAGUGGGAUCUAUUCAUGUCAAAGAAGUUUGGCAGAGAUCACAGAACUUAUCCAUACUGCUCUCCUCGUACAUCGUGGGAUAGUAAAUUUAAAUGAAUUGCAAUCUUCUGAUGGACUAUUGAAAGACAUGCAAUUUGGAAAUAAAAUAGCUAUCCUGAGUGGAGACUUUCUUCUAGCAAAUGCCUGCAACGGACUAGCACUGCUACAGAACACCAAGGUUGUGGAACUUUUAGCAAGUGCUCUUAUGGACUUGGUACAAGGAGUAUACCAUGAAAAUUCUGCUUUAGCAAAGGAAAAUCAUAUCACAGAAGAUAUUGGAAUAUCGACUUGGAAGAAGCAGACUUUUCUCUCCCAUGGAGCCUUAUUAGCAAAGAGCUGCCAAGCUGCCAUGGAAUUAGCAAAGCAUGAUGCUGACGUUCAGGAUAUGGCAUUUCAGUAUGGGAAGCACAUGGCCAUGAGUCAUAAGAUAAAUUCUGAUCUCCAGCCUUUUAUUAAAGAAAAGACCAGUGACUCCAUGGCUUUUAAUCUAAACUCAGCUCCUGUAGUCUUACAUCAGGAGUUUCUUGGAAGAGAUUUGUGGAUUAAGCAGAUCGGAGAGGCUCAAGAGAAAGGAAGAUUAGACUAUGCUAAGUUGCGAGAAACAAUCAAAGCUGGCAAAGGUGUGACUUCAGCUAUUGACCUGUGUCGUUACCAUGGAAACAAGGCGCUGGAGGCCCUGGAGAGCUUUCCUCCCUCGGAGGCCAGAUCUGCUUUAGAAAACAUUGUGUUUGCUGUGACCAGAUUUUCGUGACACCAAAUUAAAAAGACACUAUUGUUCGUUAACUGGAAAAAAAACAAAAAAAACAAAAACUGGGGAAUGAGGUGAUCGGGAGGGCUUUCAUGAUGGACUAUCUCAAUGUGUUAAUGACUUUAAAAACAUAAUCCAUUCUUUCCUUCCUUUUAUCACGUUGCUAAAUGAACCCUGCCUUCUUUUUGGAACUGCUGCAAACAAAAUUAGAAGAAAAAAAGGUCAAGCAGUUUUCACUUGUCACGCCAGCAGCACACUUGAGGCUGCGGUAGCAGAAAUAAUUAAUGAGAUUCACUCCUGUGACCUCAGCAAAUGGACAGGAAAUAAGUCCUUAUUGAUUGGACCGAGCCAGGGAUGGCGCCAGGGCGGUGGCCUGUGGUUUCCCUUCCAGAGAGGGCAGAGCAAGCUGGAAGCGGCAGGUGUCAAGAGAAACACGACCGGUGCCAGCGAGCGAGGACUGUCAAAUCAAAAACUAGUGACCAGUUGUCAUAACGGAUGGUAGUUUUGAUGAUGAAGGGGAAAAAAAUGUGCUUUGUCUCCUUGCAAUUAUGUCUCUGUAUCUAUAGGUACAGUCUGAAUAUACUUCGCGCUUCAUCAUUUUUGUAAGAUCUUUUUUUUUUAGGAAAAACUGCCGAAAAAAAUAAUGCUAAAUAUUUGAAGUAGGAGAUUAAAAUGUUAUCAGAUGUUAACUUGGUUGUGGUAGGAAUGGCUUGUUUUUCUUUCUAGAAGACCAAAUAUUUUUUCAAACACAUUUCAAAGAACCAAACUCUUUUUUUUUUUAAGCCAAACAGGAUGCUUUUUUUCGAGGAGAAUGUAUUCAUUUGUCAUAUUUUGGUGUAGAGAAUACCUUUAACUUUUACGAGUGUCACAUACAUAACUGUUCUGGGGACUAACCUGGUGAUUUUUUUUUUUAAAUUCAGAAUGUCAAAUUUUGGUCUUGAACCACAGACAUCCGAUUACAGAAAGAAUACAAGCAGUCUCCCAGGCCUGCAAUCAGG